AUGCCAAUUCUUACACUUUAUGAAAUAUGUCUUAGAGAUUUAUUAAAAAAUUCUUCUUUAAAUCCAACUAGUUUAAAUCAAUUACCUAUUUCAUGUUUACGUGACAUACUUCCAUAUUUAUCUCCAUAUGAACUUGAACGCCUAGAGUUUAUUUAUCAUAAACGACAUAUUCGAACAAAUGAUGUUUGGCGGCGUCACUUUGAAUUAAUCUGGUCAUUAUCACGCGAUGAUAAAGAUUCUUAUGAAUCACUAUUAGAUAUUCCAUAUAAACGUCUCUAUUUUGAAUAUCUUUUUCAUGAUACACAAAUUUUACAAUUAGGCAUAUAUACACAUAUAUCACAGAUAAAUAUAUCAAAAUCAAUUAUUAAUCUAUCAUUUAUUGAACAAAUAAAAUAUAAUCUAACAAGAGAUUCAAUUAUUUAUUGUUCAAAAAGAAGAUUAUUGGAUGAUAAUCAAAAUCUUAUUAUAAUAUGGAAUCAUCAAUGGAAUAAAUAUAUCAAACGUUUUAUUCUUGUACCAAAUGUAUGGAAUUUAACAAAAAUUGAUCCAUUAUUAAUUGAAUGUUUCACAGAGAGUGUUACAGAUAUUGUCUUAAGUGGUUAUCCAACAGAGAGUGAUUAUCAUGGAAUGAAAUUUAUUUUAGAUAUACUAACACGAGGUCAUAUUACAAAUAUAGUCUUAAAAUUUCCAUCCUAUUGUUUAAUGAAUAUUCUUUCACCAUUAUUAAUCUAUCCACGUUCAUAUUCUUUAUCAUAUUUAUCAACAAUUAAUGAAAGUGAUUUUAAACAAUCAAAUGUAUUUACACAACAUUUUAUUUUACCAUAUCGUCAAAGACAAUUAUGUUUACAAGUAGAAAUACAUUCAAAUGAAAAAAAUAAUACUAAUCUACAUCAAAUUUUAUCAAAUAAUCAUCAUAUUAUCGAACAAGAUGAUAAUAAUUCAACAGAUACAACACAUGCUGUUAUAUCAGAAUCUAUUAAUAGUUCACAUGAUUCAUUAGAUAUUCUUUCAACAUCACCAAAUACAACUAUUCAUAUACAUUCAUCAACAUUAAGGCUAAGAAAUGAUUUUUCGCAAUCAGUUGUUCAGCAAUAUCAAUCACCUAAUAAUCAAAUUCAAACAGAUAUACCAAUUAUUGAAUCAAGUCAUCUUGUUUCAUUAUCUGAUCACAAUAGACCAACUAUCGAACCACAUGAGCGUCUUCUUCCUUAUUUAAAUCGAUCUCGAAACUUUCAACAAAAUUCAAUACGUCAAUCAAUCGUUACACCUAUUCGAUAUCUCUCAACAUCUGAACAAUCUGUUCCAACAAUAGAACCAUUAACAAAUCUUAUGACUGAACCUGUUUCUUCUAGUGAUAGUAAUUUAUUUCGACAACGUACAACUACCAUUGUUCAUCCACCUUCUAAUUUUACAAUGAAGAGAAAAGAAAAUGAAAUAAAUCAGGAAAAAUUCUUAUUACUUCAUUUAACUCCACAAUAUCAAACAAAUUCAUUAACAAAUCUUUCUAUUUAUUACGUUUCAUCUUUUGAAACAAUUGAAAUGACUGCUAUUGCUUUAUUAGGCAUGAAUCAAAUUCAUCAUUUAACUUUAGUUAAUUUUGCUAUUUAUUCAUCUCAACUUGAAACAAGUUUAAUUACUUUAUGUACUCGAUCACAACUUCAAUCCCUUCAUUUAACAAGUAUUUCAUUAGCACAUGGUGCUAUUGGUUUUCUUCUUCAUUUAUUUCAAAAUAAAAUUAAUCAUAAAAAUAUAAAUAUCAAUCUUAAACGUUUACGAUUAGAUACAAUUAAAAUAUUUUCAUUAUUAAUUGAUGGUAUUCAUUUAUCUGAUGUUGAACAAGCAGAAUUUAUUCAAAACUCUUCGUUAGAACAAUUUAUUUGGCGCGAACGUCAUAUGCAAUAUAUUCAUAUGCGUUUACUAUAUAAAUUAUCAUUUAAUAUUAUGUCAAAACUUCAUCGUCUUGAACUUUCUUCUAUUCUUGAAUGUUCUAUAUUUGAUCAAUAUAUAUGGUGUCAAACAUUUUUACAUCAUAUAUCUGAUGUACGUCUUCGAAAUUUUCGUAUUCGUCCAAUUAAUUUAACACGAUUUUUUCUUUCGAUGAAUAUUCAAUAUACUUUAACUGUAUUUCAUUUUGAACGUGUUGGUCUUACUUGGAAUAAUGAUCAACAAUCAAUAAUUAUUCACGAUGCAUUUACUUCUUUGAUAUUACAUGCUAAGCAUUUAAUUGAAUUUAGUUUAGCUUAUAAUAAUCUUAAUAAUAAUUUUAUUCAUUGGCUUUGUCAAAUGUUAUUAUGGUAUGAUAAAAAUAUUGAAAUAAAUAAUACAUCAUGGUGGUCAAUAGGAAUACUUAAUUUGACUUUUAAUUUAAUAACAAGUGAAUCAAUACGAACACUUAUUGAUGCAUUGAAAGAAUAUAAAAAUCGAUGGAGAAUAGGAUAUUCACCAAUUCGACGAAUAGAUAUUUUGGGCAACGCUUUAGAAAUGAGAGAAAUUCCGAAUUUAAAAAGACAAUUUAACGCACUUGGUUGCGAUCUUAUCUCUUAUAUCUUCUCUUGA